AUGAACCCGUUGCCUUCGCACCAAAACUUCAUCCAACAAAUAAGUCAAAUACGUCGAAAUAAUAUUAAUUAUGAUGUUAUUUUUAUCGUAAACCGAAAACCUAAUACCAAGAAAAUGAUCGGCCAUUCUCUCAUUUUGAAAGUUAGAUCAUCUUAUUUUCAAAAAGAAUUUCGACGUAUGGACGAAUGUAACAAAUUUGAUACGACAAAUUGUUAUCAACUUAAAUUUCCGGAAUAUACUUUUGAAUUAUUUGACAUAAUUCUAGAGUUUAUCUACGGUAACGAAAUCGUCAUUUCGACCAAGGAUCCUGAAUUCAUCCUAAACUUAAUGAAAGCUGCCAACCGUUUCCAGCUAACGAAUAUGGUUGAAUAUAUUCAAACUUACAUUAUCGAAUCUCAGUCCGGUUGGAUCAACGAAAACAUUUUCAAAUUAAUUCCUGUGUUAUUUGAUAACGAUGAUUUUCCACAACUGCGGACAUCAAUUAUCCGUUUGAUCUGUAAAGACACGAGAUGGUUUAUCAGAUUUGAUCAAUUUAAUGAGUUGUCUGAAGAGUUCUUAACCAAAUUCCUCCAAAUAGAUGAUUUAUCAAUUGAAGAGUUUCAUAUUUGGAAUGCGGUGCUUGAUUGGAUACUUGAAAAGAAUGUGAAUCUCUGUCAAAAGAAAAAAGUAAUUCAAUGGUCGGAUCAAGAGGUGGAUUAUUGUAGGGUGGCAUUAAAACCUUUUAUACCGUUUAUCCGAUUCUUUCAGAUAUCUAGUUUUAAAUACUGGGAUUACAUUCAUGAGUUUGAUAGAAUUUUACCAGAAGGACUUGUGGAAGAAAUGUUAAAAUAUUAUUUCAAAGGUUCACCACCAACAGAUUACCCUUUGUUGCCAUUAAGAAACGUUAGGAAGAUCGAUUCGGACUUUAUUUCGUCAAAGCAAGCUGAAAUCAUUUCACUUUGGAUUGAAAAUAAGGAUUUAAAAAAGUUGUUUGGUCUUGAAUGGGAGUUCAAAUUUAAUCUCUUGUAUAGUACAAGGAGGCAUGGUUAUUCUAUCGAGGAAUUUCAUAGAAAUUGUGAUAAUAAAGGUGCAACUAUUUUGGUGAUCAAAACUAACAUACCGGAAGAGAUCAUUGGUGGUUUUAACCCUGUUUCUUGGAGCGAUAACGAAAGUAGGAGUAAUUUUGAAUCAGAAGUUUCACCAAGAUAUUCCCCAGAUGACAGCGAUGAAAAUUCACCGAUGGACACAGGGGAACAUCCACUUACGAUUUCUUCUACCGUCGAUUUUUCCCCGACAAAUACUUCAAGCGAUAGUAAUAAUUCAUCUAAUGGUGAACCUGUUGAAUUGUCCCCAAUAGCUACUUCAAGCGAUGAUAAUAUUAUCUCACCUAAUUCACCUUAUGAUAAUAAUACCAUUACUUUAUUCGAACAAACCGAUGCUUUCUUGUUUUCGUUCAACAAGGGUGAUAGGAAUAAUAUGGGAAGGAUUAAUUCGUUAUGCAUGUGGGAAUUUAUUCAUAAUUGUGGAGAAUGCGGUCCAUGUUUUGGUACGACGGACCUAUGGAUUUCUCCUAAGAUUGUUCAUUCAACGAGGUAUAAUAUUCCUUAUCAAUGUUUAGCAAAUUUUGGAUAUCAUCGACAAGAUUCAUACGAGAUCAAUUUAAGGGACGAACCUGGUGGUUUUCAAUUCGUAGAUUACGAGGUUUUUCAGGUGGUUCGUGUUUAA